CUGCUGCAGCACCCAGAGUUCUCCCAGCCUCCUUUAGAGAGACCUCUAGGAGUUCUCCAAAAACCGUGCUGGUGGCUGAACCCAGAGAGGCCCUUUUCCUUAUCUGCCCCAGGGAGGGUCCUGAGGCCCUGAGUGACCCCACCCACUGGCCAACGGCUUCUUACACCACAGCUCCCAACCACUGGGUAAACAGCUGCUUCCCAGGGUCCACUGGGGCCCUGGUGAGGCUGGGGUGGGAGCGAGGGCUCCAUCCCAGGUGGAGCUGUGGGAGUACUAGACCCUGGACUAUCCAGCCCUGCCCACAUCUCAUGCUCAGGGCGUCCUCCCACCUUCUGGCCACCCCAACUACAUUCCACUCCCAUUUCACCUUCAAAUGUGGGGGCUACAGGACCCAGGGCUGUGGGGAACUUGCAGGGCUUGGCAGGUGGCUUCCCCGAAGGUCCCCUCGGUGGGGCUGUGUGUCCAGGGUCCCCUCCAGGGCUCUGCCCCAUCCACAUCCCAGUGUCCCCAUCCUGGGGGAAUGGAGCCCCAGCAAUCAGCUAGUUCUGCAUGAAUCCUACCUGGACAGGGAAACAGCUUGUGGCUUCUGUUCCCAGGCCCGAGUCAGGCUGCCCAAGGUGCCAGGGCCGGCCUGGCCUUCCAGCCUCACCCGAGGGACUCACCGCGGCCUCCUGGGAAAGCACGGAGGCUGCAGCCCCUUGUGAAACACGCCCACCGGCCACAGGCUCCAACGCAGGAUCCCAGCCAGUACUCAUUGUCAAAGUAGGGGAGGGAUCUGAGGCUCCUGAGGAAUUUUUGUUUAAGCGACAGAACCUUGCUCUGUCACCCAGGCUGGAGUGCAGUGGCACAAUGGCACCUCACUGCAGCCUGGAUGCCAUCCUCCUCCCUUAGCUUCCCAAAGAGCUGGCCCAGUGAUAACGUGUUUGUUUCUGAGACAGGCUCUUGUUCUGUGGCCCAGAAUAGGGAACAGUGGCACAAUCACACCACAUGGCAGCCUCAAACUCCCAGGCUCAGGGCAUGCUCCCGCCUCAGCCAAUCCAGCAGUUGGGAUACAGGUGCACACCACCACACCCAGCUAAGUUUUUAAUUUUAAUUUUUGUAAAGGUUGGUGGGGUGGGUCUCACUAUAUUGACCAGGCUGGUCUUGAACUCCUGGCCUUAAGUGAUGCUCCUGUCUAGGCCUCCCAGAGUGUUGGUAUUACAGGAGUGAACCACUGUGCCUGGCCAAUAAUUCCUUUUAAAAAGCAGGUCACCCUUAUUUUCAUGUGUGGGCACUAGUUCCGUUCACUUUAAGAGAUCAUUUAUCCUCACACCAGCCCUGUGAGGCAGGCACUGCUGGUCUCAGCCUGUGGUAGAGGGGAGAGCAUUGGAGCCGUGAAGAAAGAGGCUGACCAGGCCCUUCGGGUUGGCACCGGGUCUGGGCAGUCAUGGCAUCUUGAUGCCUGGGGGCCCUCACCCUGGGUGCUGUGCACCACACACAGAGCUCCUGGGGCACAUGCACAUGCAUACACUGGCAGCCUUCUGCUGGGCUGGCCGUCAGCCUCCGCCCUGCUCCUGCGUGGACCAGGCUGGCUCCUUUGCAGGACCAGGAGGCUAUCCAGCGACUGGACAUGGAGACCGCCGCCCCAGCCCCUCGUGGAUUCGAGGGCUACUGGGAGGCUGGAAGCUGAUCAGAGUCCCACACAGCUCUAACCACUACCAGCCUGAUUACAGUUCAACUCCCAGGUUAGCUGAUCAGGUAACAUGCUGGCGAAACCCGUGACUCAGCAAUCUGUAGGUAAAUAAUUUAUCGGCAGAGCCCGGCGCACACAACACGGCCUGCAGGUCGGCGCCAGAGCCACCACCCCCACUCUCCCAGCUGCUCAUGGGAGCUAGAGGGCCCUGCGGUCCUUGGUGGUCUCCCCAGCCCCUUGCCAUCCCAGGGCUCCCGUGCCUGUGAGGACUCCCUCAGGUAAGAAUUAUCCUGGGCCCAGAUCUCAGCCGCAGCAGAGUGGGGCGUGGGAGCCAAGGCCAGAAAUGCCCUGGACUGGUGGUUUCUUAGGAGCACCCUCAGGGUCCGGGCAGCUGGCCCUUCUGUCUCCAUUCCACACACUUGGGGCAUCCAGGGACCCAGUGUAGUGGGGUCUUCGAGGGAAGGGGACACAACUCUCGCAAUGUUGCCUGAGGGCCAGGACCCCCACUCUGAGCCCCAGGGGUGGUGCUGCGUCCAGCCUGCCCGUGUCGACCUACCAGACUGGGCCCACCCCCCCCGGGAGACUACAGCCCCCAUGCCCUGGGCCAGCGAGCAAACAGCAGGCUCAGCCCAGGCCCCAGGCUGUCCUGGGCACUCAGGGAGCAAAGUUCUUUGCCUGAUGUUGCGGAGGACUUUUAAAAUGAAAGUACACUGGAGCCUGCAAACGGGACAGACUGAAGGCCUCACAUGGGACUAGUGUGGCCUCUAAGCACUGCCUCCCUAAUGCCAUGUUGCUCUCUGAAGGCAAAGGAAAGGUCAGGAGGUGCCCUUUGGCUCUGCUGGCCCAGGGUGGCUGUGUGCAGAGGGCUGGGUCCUCUCUGGGUGCUGCCCCCGGGACAAUGCGUCAUGCCCGUUCCACAGCGAGUUGGGGAGACAGGGAGAUGCCUCACAUCCCAGAACUCCCUGGACAGGGGAGAUGGACGCCAGUCCAGCUGGGGCCACUGUCUAGGCAUAUUCUCAGAAUUCUGCCCCAAGGCCAGGCGUAGGGACUAGGCUGGCUUCUGAGUGCUGCUCCCCAGGCAGACUUGGGGUCCCAGCACCCACAAGUCUUGACAGGGACAUAUGAGGCCUCUUCCACUGAGCCUUCACCAGCUCAGGACCCAUAGCGCAGGUGACGGUUUGGAUGACAGAGGGAGAGCUCUGGUGUGGGCAUCGGGAUCCUUCACCAACCUGGGAGCCAGGAAGGUGGUCACGGAGCCACCAGACUUCGGCUUGCCUACACCAGUGUCCAGUGACCCAAGGCAUGUGUAUGUGUGGUGGCAGCCCAGCCUGUUCCCUUCCCAUUGGGAGGUGAGCUUCAGGAGGCUUCAGGGGCGGUUUCAGACAGGAACUGCAGAGCCAGUGGGCUUGAGCUGACCGGGACAGGGUCCGGCUAGGCCGUCCCUCAGCACCACUGGCCUCAGCACAGCCCAGGGCACGGGCUUGGUGUCCUAAUCCCAUCUCACCCCAUGAUGCAUUCUGGAGCCAGCAGGGUCUGGCAUCCAUCCACUCUGGGCAGGGGGCUGGGGCCUGAGAAGGCUCAGUUCCAGUCCCGGGCCCCGGGUGGGCGAGGGGUCUGCCCCAAGGGGCCUGCCACUGCCUGGGACCUUGUCGUUUGGCCCUGGAUCCGGAACUCCCGUGACUAUGCUCUCUUCUCAGCUGCAGGUCAGCCACAGGGGCAGGUGCUGCAGCAUGGGCGAGUCCCCUGAGCUUCUGCAGCAGGGCAGAGGGCUGGUGCCAGUCCGACGGCAGCGCCCGGCACCCCAAGGUUUGCGUGAGAUGCUGAAGGCCCGGCUGUUGCGGAGCUGCUCGUGCAGCGUGCCGUGUGCCUGGGCACUGGUGCAGGACCUGCUCCCUGCCACGCGCUGGCUGUGUCAGUACCGCCCUCGGGAGUACCUGGCGGGCGACAUCAUGUCCGGGCUGGUCAUUGGCAUCAUCCUGGUGCCACAGGCCAUCGCCUACUCACUGCUGGCUGGACUGCAGCCCAUCUACAGCCUGUACACAUCCUUCUUUGCCAACCUCAUCUACUUCCUCAUGGGCACGUCGAGGCAUGUCUCUGUGGGCAUCUUCAGUCUGCUCUGCCUCAUGGUGGGCCAGGUGGUGGACCGGGAGCUCCAGCUGGCUGGCUUCGACCCCUCCCAGGACGGCCUGUGGCCCAGGGCCAACAGCAGCAUCCUCAAUGGCUCUGCUGCCACGCCAGACUGUGGGCGCGACUGCUACGCCAUCCGUGUUGCCACCGCCCUCACACUAAUGACCGGGCUUUACCAGGUCCUCAUGGGCGUGCUCCGGCUGGGCUUCGUGUCCGCCUACCUCUCACAGCCACUGCUGGAUGGCUUUGCCAUGGGGGCCUCAGUGACCAUCCUGACCUCGCAGCUCAAACACCUGCUGGGCGUGCGGAUCCCUCGACACCAGGGGCUGGGCAUGGUGGUCCGCACAUGGCUGAGCCUGCUGCUCAGCGCCGGGCAGGCCAAUGUGUGCGACGUGGUCACCAGCGCCGUGUGCCUGGCGGUGCUGCUGGCCGCAAAGGAGCUCUCAGACCGCUACCGACGGCACCUGAGGGUGCCACUGCCCACAGAACUGCUGGUCAUCGUGGUGGCCACGCUUGUGUCCCACUUCGGGCAGCUCCACAAGCACUUUGGCUCCAGUGUGGCUGGUGACAUACCCACUGGUUUCAUGGCCCCUCAGGUCCCAGAGCCCAGAUUGAUGCAGCGUGUGGCCUUGGAUGCAGUGGCCCUGGCCCUUGUGGGCGCGGCCUUCUCCAUCUCACUGGCGGAGAUGUUCGGUCGCAGCCACGGCUACUCCGUGCGUGCCAACCAGGAGCUGCUGGCUGUGGGCUGCUGCAACGUGCUGCCCGCCUUCCUCCACUGCUUCGCCACCAGCGCAGCCCUGGCCAAGAGCCUGGUGAAGACAGCCACUGGCUGCCGGACGCAGCUGUCCAGCGUGGUCAGCUCUGCCGUGGUGCUGCUGGUGCUGCUGGCACUGGCACCGCUGUUCCACGACCUACAGCGAAGCGUGCUGGCCUGCGUCAUCGUGGUCAGCCUGCGGGGGGCCCUGCGCAAGGUGUGGGACCUCCCACGGCUGUGGCGGAUGAGCCCGGCUGAUGCGCUGGUCUGGGCGGGCACUGCGGCCACCUGUGUGCUGGUCAGCACGGAGACCGGGCUGCUGGCCGGCAUCAUCCUCUCGCUGCUCAGCCUGGCCGGCCGCACCCAGCGCCCACACGCCGCCCUUCUGGCCCGCAUCGGGGACUCAGCCUUCUACGAGGACGCCACAGAGUUCGAGGGCCUCGUCCCUGAGCCCGGGGUACGGGUGUUCCGCUUCGCGGGGCCACUGUACUACGCCAACAAGGACUUCUUCCUGAGGUCACUCUACAGCCUCACGGGGCUGGACGCGGGGCGCAUGGCUGCCAGGAGGAAGGAGCAGGGCUCGGAGGUGGGGGUCGGCGAGGGAGGCCCUGCCCAGGGCAAGGACCUGGGCCCAGUUAGCAGCAGGGCUGCGCUGGUGCCCGUGGCGGCCGGCUUCCACACGGUGGUCAUCGACUGUGCCCCACUGCUGUUCCUGGACGCAGCUGGCGUGACCACACUCAGGGACCUGCGCCGAGACUACGGGGCCCUGGGCAUCAGCCUGCUGCUGGCCUGCUGCAGCCCCCCUGUGAGAGACAUUCUGAGCAGAGGGGGCUUCCUUGGGGAGGGCCUAGAGGACACAGCUGAGGAGGAGCAGCUGUUCCUCAGUGUGCACGACGCUGUGCAGACAGCAGGAGCCCGCCACAGGGAGCUGGAGGCCACCGAUGCCUGCCUGUAGCAGGGCCAGGCCUUCCCGGCAGCCUCUGCUCCCUCCAGGAGCCCCAUGGCAGACUCAGCAAGCCACUGCUGAGACUCUUCCCAGGGACGAGACACCCAAGGGACACCCUCCUGCACCACCGCCACCCUGGGGAAACCAGGGAACCCCAGCUGGGUAAGGAGGGCCUCUGAUCAUGCAGGACCGAAACACUCAGAAAUCAGGAACCUCCACCCCUUCAGAGACAGGCUGGCCAGGCCCGAUGCUCAAGGCCCCUGCUGUCCCUUGGCUCAGAAGGGCUGGGCCUGGCCUGAUGCUCAGGGUUGACAUAUUAAUUGAACAAGGGCCAUCUCCCCUGCAACAUCAUGCAGCCUCCAAGUGCCAAAAGGACCUCCUAUGUCCAGCCCUGCCUGGUGCCCACCCUGCUGGUAGGAGCCGGUGGUUCUGGCCAAGUGCAUGAGGGUCUCUGUGUUUCUAGAAGGCCCUCUCACCUCGUGUCUCCCCCUCACUGGGUGGCCACCUGCACCAGCGUCAAGGCCUCAGGUGCUGUGAUGACCUCAGCUCAGCUCUCAGGUGUGGUGGCCUGCCCAACCCAGCCAGCAAACACACACAGAGGUGCCCAUGGGUGCAUCGGAGACAGGUGCGGCACAGCUAACCCUGAGCCUCCAGGGGGACCUGGAGGAAGCCCACCGUGCCCCCACACAGGGGCACCCUCCAGCACACAGCCCUCACCCCAGCAAGGACACAAUCCCUUCAACAGGGUGCAUCAGCAGAAAGAGGGGGAACAAAGGGUCUUCCGAGCAGCCCCCAGCCCGGCGCCUCCUCAGUUGUCCUUUCCCCAGCUCGUCCCCUCUGUGUCUCCGUAAGGGGCUCUGGGACACCAGACCCUGCGUCACCCACCUGGUGGUGACAAGUUCCAGCAGCCAGUGGGUCCGGACCUGCUCGAUGCCACGGUGAGGGACGGCGCCCACAUAAGCGAGGUUGAGUUGCUGGUCCCAGCCGAGGACGUACUGGUCAGCCUGGCUGUGUGGCAGCGGAGGGCUGGGGACAGCAAAGGGGCGGCUCAGGCCUGAGCCUCAGCAUGGCUGGCAGCGCAGCCGACACUCAGGCUCAAGCCCAGGACUGCCUGGGCGCCAGAUCCAGGCGCUGCGCGCAUGCUCAGUGACUAAUAAAAUGGCCCUUAGGGCCAGGAAUGUA